AUGAAUAUUACAGCUGCCCAAUUAAUUGUUGAUAAUGGCCAAGCUGUUCUUGCUGGCCACGCCUAUUUUCAGCGGUGCAUUUACUCUCUCACUUUCUUAUCUUUUUCGUUUUUCAAAAGUACCCCUACUAGUAACUGCAAUUUUCGAUCAGGCCCUCGGCUCACUCCCAUACUGGCUGCUCCUCACUUCCAGCUCUUCUCAUCUUCUGAGAUUGUGAUGAUGGCUCUCCCUCCUCUCUCCGCCGUCGUUUUCGUUCUAGCGACGCUCUCCUCCACCUUCGCAGAAGAUCUCGUCCAUUCAUCUUGCAUACACGCAAGUUACCCGAACAUCUGCCUCCGGACACUCUCGUCGUACUCCGGCCCCGCCAAAACUCCUCGGGAUCUAGCUCAAGCCGCCGUGAAGGUAAGCCUCUCUCGGGCCCAGCGAGUAUCGACGUACCUGAACGGAGUGGCCGGCCAAGGAAAGGCAAGCAAGAGAGAGCAAGUGGCGUUGAGUGACUGCGUGGAGCAGAUAUCGGACACAGUGGAGGAGCUGAGCAACACUCUGAAGGAGCUGAAGCACCUCCGCCCCGGAACCUUCCGGUGGCAGAUGAGCAAUGCGGAGACGUGGGUGAGCGCCGCUCUAACGAACGAGGACACGUGUCUUGACGGAUUCCAGGGCGUGGAUGGGAAGGUGAAGACGGAUGUGAAGCGCAAGAUCACGAACGUCGCUAGGGUUACGAGCAACGCUCUCUAUCUCAUCAAUCGCCUCGAUUCGACACGUGGCAGGGCCGGACUCGAGCCGUGAAGUUGUACGGAUCUGAUUAUAUUUCCGUAUCAUAUAAUAUCUACCGCUCUGUGUAUUAUUUUUUCUUUUUCUUUUUCUUUUCUUGGUUUUUGGCUCUUCGUUUCUGUAAGGUGUAUGUAGUGCAAUAGUUUUGGGAAUAAAACUUUCUAAAGAAAGAAAGAGAAAAUUUGGAGAAAAGGAAAAUUGCCUUUUUCUGUCUA